UGGAAUAUGAUUGAGGCGGUUGAGGGGUGAAGCUACCGCAGUAGGAAACACACAUACACACAGUCUGUCAGCAUUACUUGCACAAUUUUCAGAAGCCAUUCCCUUUAAAAUGGCGUAUCACAGUCCUUACAGAGCUCCGCCGCACAUCAACGCUACUCCGGACCAGGGUUUUCUGUUGAAUAUCUUCCAGAGAGUUGACAAAGACCGGAGUGGAGUGAUAUCAGACUCAGAGCUCCAGCAGGCCUUAUCGAAUGGCACAUGGACUCCUUUCAACCCAGUGACGGUCCGCUCCAUCAUAUCCAUGUUCGACAGGGAAAAUAAAGGUGGGGUGAACUUCAAUGAGUUUGCUGGUGUGUGGAAGUACAUCACAGACUGGCAGAACAUCUUCAGGACCUAUGACAGGGACAACUCCGGCUUCAUUGAUAAGAACGAGCUUAAACAGGCACUGACUGGAUUCGGUGAGGAUAAAAGCUAUCGUCUAUCAGACCACUUCUACAGCACGCUGAUAGAGAAGUUUGACCGCCAGAGGAAGGGACAGGUGGCCUUCGAUGACUUCAUCCAGUGCUGUAUUGUACUACAGAGGUUGACCGAUGUGUUCAGGCGGUAUGAUACAGACCAGGAUGGCUGGAUUCAGGUUUCAUAUGAGCAGUAUCUUUCCAUGGUCUUUAAUAUAGUAUAACACACAUGGAUCACCACAGAAGAGCACAACUGGACACCACUGUGCCAAAGCUACCGGCACCUCCGAAUGUUUGCCAUGGUGGACACUACAAGUUUUUUUUUAACUUGAUUUUUAUCCCUGAUUUGGCUGUUCACACAAAUUUAUCAUCACACUAUUUGUUUGGAAAUACAGCUACAGUGCUUGAUGUAUUUUUUUAAAAAUCUUGUAGUGUUUUCUUCGUUGACCAAUCUGAAAUGUCAGUGUUGGGGCUCUUGGUUGGGGAAUAUUACGGACACAUCUGUCUUUCUGUUUGUCAGUCUGUCUGUUACUGUCAACAAACUUUUUAAUGUCUUAACUUUAAUUAAUACAAUUAAAAAAGAACUCUGUUGAGAGUAAAAUGAUGCAUUGUAAAUAUGAUCUAAAAUGCAUUGCAUGAUUUUCAGGGAGAAUUAGCCCCACUUUGAAGCAUGCUUUCCCUUUCUCUUAUCUGUCCCUCAGCCCUAUUUUGCUCAAAGCCAUGUUUACAAAAACUGUGAAAACAGGUGGUGUUCUGCUUUGAGAUUCACUGAUAUGCCAGCUUAUAUGCCAUAUUUGUACAAACUUAUUUUUAACAGCAAAUCUUAAAAUGCUAAAUUAUAGAAUUUUUGGUAGAGGGUAAGCAUAAUGCCUUUAGUAUGGCUAAUUUUUUUGUGCAUGAUGCCUUAAAAUGUGUAAAAACCAAACAAAACAGAUCUUUUAUUAAAAAAUAAAAAUGA